AUGCGGAUGGAUCUGUUGAACGUCACAAGGCCCGGCUGGUGGCUAAGGGUUUUAAUCAGGCAGCUGGAUGUUCACAACGCAUUUCUGAAUGGUUCGCUAGCUGAGACAGUGUACAUGCGUCAGCCGCCUGGCUACGAGGACAAGACGAAACCGGAUCAUGUGUGCUUUCUGCAACGGUCUCUGUAUGGUUUGAAGCAGGCCCCUCGUGCUUGGUUCACUCGGUUGCACGAUUUCCUUUGCUCGGUUGGCUUUGUUCCUUCUAAAACUGACGUGUCAUUAUUUAUCUAUUCUGAUGGUGCUGUGCAAUUGUAUUUUUUGGUGUAUGUUGAUGACAUUCUGGUCAUGGGCUCGGACUCGCAGCGGGUCUCGGGAAUUGUGGCCAAGCUGGCUGCGGAGUUCAAGAUUCGGGAUAUGGGGGCUCCAUCGUUCUUUCUCGGCAUUGAGACUGUGCCGCUCUCGGAUGGUGUUCUCCUCUCUCAGAGGCGUUACAUUCAGGACAUUCUUAAGCGUGCCGGCAUGGUGGAUUGCAAGCCGGUCUCGACCCCGGUUUCAGUGGUUCGGUCUGAUGAUGCUGACACCACUCCUUAUGCUGAUCCCACUCACUAUCGCAGCAUUGCAGGUGCCCUGCAGUACCUGACUGUGACUCGCCCUGAUUUAUCUUUUGCAGUUAAUAGGCUCUGUUAG